CUAACAGAAAGACAGGACACUUUUUAGUCUUCCUCUUCUCACUCACCGACAUGGCCGCUCAUCUCAGCGCUCUUCUCAUCUUCGCUGGACUCACAGGAAUUCACAGCGUUACGACUGUCAGUAAAGUGCCAGUGAAGACUGGAGGCUCCAUCUCUCUCCCAUGUCUCUAUGAGUCUAAAUACAGAAACCAUGCGAAGUACUUGUGUCAAGGAUAUCGAUGGAGUUCCUGCUCCUACACAGUUAAAACCAAUGAACCAAGACGUUCAGGACGUUUUUCAAUCUCUGAUGACAAACAGCAAAGAAUCUUCACUGUGACUAUAGAUCGCGUGACUCUUUCUGAUUCUCAUUACUGGUGUAUUGUGGAGAUAAACAAUGGGGCAGAUGAUGGGAAAAGGUUUCAGCUUUCAGUCACUGCAGGUCGGCCCCUGCUCUCCGUGGAUCAUCAGGAGGUUACAGGAUUUAUUGGAGGAGAUGUUGCUAUCCGCUUUACCUAUUCUAACAGAGGAGAAAUUCAGUGGUGCAGACUGGGAGGGUCCUGUAUAAAGGAGCCACAUGGAUCAAUAGAUGGUACAAGAGUGACCAUUGAUCUAAAAAACCCUGACGUUUUCAAUGUGACUCUGAAGAGACUGAGGGCAGAGAGCAGCGGCUGGUAUUACUGCGCCAAAGGAGACGUACGGAUGCCUGUGCGUGUUACUGUUAAAGAGAGACCGAUCACCACCACAAUAACAACCACAGAAAUAACAACACAGUUAACGAACAUUUCUCUCCAACCUGUGAAUCACACGUCAGCCUUUGCAAAUACCACAUCUGAGAAGCAAUCAGAAAGGGGUCCUGAUUACCUACUGCGUUUCAUCAUUCCUGCGAGUGUACUCAUCGUCAUUGUGUUAGUGGCCUUGAUCUUCUGGUGUGUUUUGAGACAACACAAGCUGAAAAAAGCACAAUCAUCAGCUGCAGCAAAGGCUGAAGCGGAACUAACAUACAGUGUUAUUUCACACAGGAGACCAAAUAUGGAGAAGCAGGAUCCGGCACCAGAUGAGCAUGUUACGUACAGCACAUUAGCUCAACAUUAAAUGUAAUCACUGUGAUAGCUUCGUAUGAAUAGAAGUGACAAACCAAGCACAUUUAUAGAUUCAUGUACAUUGUGACUUUUUGCUGCGUGUUAGUUUUUAAAAAAAAAAGUCUUUCCUCUGUUAUUUUGCGGUUUUCUACACCUUCUCCCGUGAGCUCUUCGGCUGGCUGCCCGAUGUGUCACAGCAGCAGCAACCUGUUAAAGUGUUAAAGUACAAGCUUGUGGUGUGAAGUGCCUCAGCUCCAAGUGUUAGAUAUAAAUCAUGUUUUACUUACUUUUUUUUAACUAAAUUACUCUAUACCAGCAACAUAAAGAUGGAAGUAAAAAAAAGCAAGACAAUAGUUUGAAAUGUACAGAAGCCCUAAGAGGACAUUCUUUCAGAACUUUGACUUUUUAGUGUCUUGUUCUGACAAUGCUGGUUUUCCCGUGAUAAUGAGAUAAUUUCAGCUUUCCUCUCGAGAUCUACAGAAAUGAACUCGUUAUCGCAGGAAAACCAGCAUUGAUAUCAGAUAAACAUGUUGAAAAAUGGAAGAAAUGUCAAGAGAUGGGACUGAUCCGAUUUUAUAUCGGUAUCGGGUCUGAUAUUGACAAACAGUAAUUUACAGAUCGGCUAUCGGACUGACAACGUCGAUCCACAUCACUAAUUCUCAAUUCUCAAACUGUACAGUCUCUCUUUGAAGACGUUCAGACUGAACUGUAAGAAGUGUCCACAAAUCAUCAUCCAGGCUUUCAGACAAGAUGCAACAGCUCCUUAUAUGAUCUAAAGUACAAUUCUUACACUUCAGUUAAAAACAUUUAAUUUCAAAACCUGACAGUUGUUUCUGCUUCCUGUUUGUUAUGUCAAGCCAGCACAAAGCAGUGCUGUAUCCGUAGUCACAAACAUUCUGAGAAUCCUCUCAGAGACCUCCUAACUCAGCUUAGAAAAUGCUAGCAAGGACUUUUACAUCAGGGGCCGUAUUCAGAUGUAUAUGUUAUAUAAACUUUAAGCAGUUUAAGAACUUUUAGUAAGUAUAUAGCGGACAAGACGGUUAAAAUCACAUGCCCACAAGUGCAGGAGCCUCUCCACAUGCUGAUAGUUAUAUCAACAUGUACUAAAGAGCCUUAAUUAGUGAUUGGAUGCACCUGUAGAGGUAACCACAUGUAGAGAAACUCAACAUGCAUGUCUCACUUUACAAUGUCUGCACAAAUCAUUUUUGUCAGUUCUGCCAAACUAUGAUUCAAUUUAAUUCUUAGUGUUUGGAGAACAUAUACAUCUUCUCCUCAGCUUGAGAAACUCUUUAGCCCGUUAAAAGUCCUCCUCGCUCCUCUUCACAGUUUUACACCUUGGGGCAGUGGUACUCAGCCUUGUCAGACUUAAGAGCCACAUUGACCAAAAACUAUUUCUGCAAGAACAAUCAAAAAACCUCUUUCUUUCCUAAAAUAUGUGUGGGUAAACACAGUGACAUGACUUGCAAAGAAUAAUUUCUGCUGACAAUGUUUCCCUUUUUUAAAAAAUUACUUUGGAUUUUUAUUUUUUUUUAAGUAUAAAAGAUCCACAACUAGUCCCAAAUGAUCCACAUGUGGCUCGAGAGCUGCAGGUUGAGCAUCACUGCUUUAGUAGCUCUCUUAAGGGCUAAAGAGCUUUGUGAAUAACUUUCAUCUUUACCAGGUUCUAGUUUUUACUUUAAGGGGAAAUUCUUAGAAAAUGUCCUGACUCCAAAAAUGUUCUUAGAAUUUUGUCAUAGGAGCAACUCGUAGUACUUAGGAAGCUUUGAAUACGGCCCCAGGAGUGUUAUUAGGACUCCCUUUCAAGUUACUAACCACGUAUUUCCCAGUAUUAAAUUACUCAUACUGUAAUGUUAUUAUGAAAUAGUAAAGAAGAACACCUUGAACACAAGGAAAUAGAAAGUUCAGCCCUUUUUAAAAGCAGAACUUGUGACAGAGGGUGUAAACACAAAGAGGGAAGUUGAGGACAGGACAGCAGCACGACCUGUAUUUUAACAACUGCGUUACAAAAUUUGCACGUUAUGCCAGCUUCAAAUUAUAACAAGACUCAAGGGAAGUCUGAGGACACAGAGAAAGUGCUUUCAUUUUCAGCAGGCUCGGGUAUGGUAACGGUGUUUUCAGGUCUGAUAAAAAAAUAUCCAUCAGAGAGCUGCAGCUCAUUGAGAGCGCUGCUGCCAGAGUCCUCACCAGCACACAGAAAGUGUAACACCUCAGAUCUCUACACUGGCUUCCUGUGAGUCGAAGGAUAGAUUUUUAAAUCCUGCUCGUCAUUUAUAAAGCCCUAAAUCAUCUCCGGCCAUCAGCCUGCAAAUAAAUUGCACAGGUAGUGUAGGAAUGACAUUGAGCGGUGACUCAGUGGUGGAGUCAGUUGACUUUCAAUCGGAAGGGUUUGAUCCCCAGCUCCUGCAGCUUAUGUCCAAUGUGUCCUUGGGCAAGACACUUAACCCCAAUUUGCUCCCGCUGCUUCUUUGUCGGCAUAUAAAUGUGUAUGACUGGGAUUAGUUAAAACUGAUGGCUAUGUUUCAUAGGAGCCUCUCGGUUAAUGUCAGACAAUGUUUUCUGCAUCAUACUCUCCACUGUUUGUAAUUAUUAUUCAUUUUCUGUCUUUUUUUUUCACUUAUGUUGUCUUAUGCUUGUAAUAAAAAAUUCAAAUCAAAAAA